UAAAAACCCUAUAUAAAUCUCAUUCCCAUUCUCUUCUUCAUCAAUCUUCCUCGUUUCCUCAGAUCUGUUUCCACUUCAAUUCAACAAAUAUAGAGAGAAUUAGAGUGAGAGGGAGAGAGAGAGUACCUUUUCUCUUCUCAAACUUGGGGAAGUUGUUCGUAUUGUAACGUUACUAUUCCGUUUCGAUCUUCUUCGGACCUUAGUGGUGUUUAAUAAUGGCGACUUCUUAUCCUGGAGCGAUGCAGGUUGGUUCGUACUUUGUGGAACAGUACUAUCAAGUGUUGCAGCAGCAGCCACAUCUUAUUCACCAGUUUUAUUCCGAAUCAAGCAAAAUGAUCCGUAUUGAUGGGGACUCUAGCGACACUGCCGAUACUUUACUGCAUAUUCACAACAUGGUUAUGUCACUGAACUUCACUGCCAUUGAAGUGAAGACAAUCAAUUCAGUAGAGUCCUGGGAAGGUGGGGUCCUUGUGGCCAUUUCAGGGUCUGUGAAGACGGAGGAGUUCAGCAACAGGAGGAGUUUCAUGCACACUUUCUUCCUUGCUCCUCAGGAGAAGGGUUAUUUUGUUCUCAAUGAUAUCUUUCAGUUCAUCGAUGAAGGACUUGUCUUCUCUCAUCACCAGCCCUCGUAUUUGUCUGAAACCAGGCACGAGGUUCAGCUCAAUCCUCCAAGCCCUCAUCCUGAACCUCAAGUUCAUGAUGAUUAUGUUCUGGAGCAAGAGGCAAGUGAUUAUGUGAAUGCAGUCCAAAUCAAUGAUGAUCUUGUCGAUAAGUAUUCUCUGCAAGAGGAUCAAUAUCAGCUUCAGCAUGAAGACUAUGAGGAUGAAGUUACGGUUGAGGAAACACCUAGGGAGGAAGUUGUUGUUGAUGUUGUACAUGAACCUCGUGCUGCACCACCACCAGAGGAACCCGUUGGUGAACAAUCCAAGAUGAGUUAUGCUUCCAUUCUACGAGUUGCAAAGGAAGCAGCUGCUGUGCCUGUAGCUGCUACACAACCAUCAUAUAACAGGAAUUCUCAAGAGAAUUAUGAGUGGGAUCAACCACUACGGACUCCUUCCCCUCAGUUGGCUGCGCCUCCUGCUCCUGCUCAGCAAUCAAACGCUUUUACUGACUAUGGAGCAGAGGCGGAUGGUGGCUUUGGAUUUGAAGACUUUGAGAUCAAAUCAGUGUACGUUAGAAAUCUGCCUUCCAACAUAUCUGCUUCAGAGAUCGAGGAAGAGUUUAAGAACUUCGGUACAAUCAAGCCUGAUGGUGUUUUCCUCAGAUCCCGCAAGGAUGCUAUUGGCGUUUGUUAUGCAUUUGUUGAGUAUGAAGACAUGACUUCCGUUGAGAAUGCUAUCAAGGCUUCUCCUAUAUAUUUGGGUGGAAGACAAGUAUACAUUGAGGGACGAAGACCUAAUCCCGCUGGUGUUCGCGGAGCAAGAGGAAGAGGGCGCGGGAGAGGCGGUUACCCAACAGAAGCACCAAGAGGCCGAUUUGGUUCCCGUGGUGUGUCCGGGAGAGGAAACCAGGAAGGAGGUGACUACAGGCCAAGAGGCAACGGUAACUACCGUGGUGGCCGCUAAGGAAAGAAGAAACGCAGCUGUAUCUCUUAUAUAAGUUUUAGGGCAACCAAGAAUGAAUGAUUUAGAGGUUCUCGUUGUUCCUUCAUCUACCACCGAUGUAGUUUGUAACAUUUUGUUGGGUUUGGGUUUUGGUUCAUAUGUUUUUCUUUUUAAUUUGUUUUAGAUUUUAGGGAUUGGACUUUCUUACCCCUUUUCCUUUGAGAAUGGCUUUAGUUAUGUAACAUUUCAAUUUUUGUUUUUCCUUUUAACGUUGGCUUGA